AUGGACCAAGAGCCACCACCUCUUCUUGUCCCACAAGGACCAAGGGUCACCACCAGUACUUGUCCCACAUGGACCAAGAGUCACCACCUGUACUUGUCCUACAUGGACCAAGAGCCACCACCUGUACUUGUCCCACAUGGACCAUCUACUUGUCCCACAUGGACCAAGGGUCACUACCUAUACUUGUCCUACAUGGACCAUCUACUUGUCCCACAUGGAUCAAGAGCCACCACUUCUACUUGUCCCACAAGGACCAAGGGUCAACACCUGUACUUGUCCCAAAUGGACCAAGGGUCACCACCUAUACUUGUCCUACAUGGACCAAGAGUCACCACUUGUACUUGUCCUACAUGGACCAAGAGCCACCACCUGUACUUAUCCCACAUGGACCAUCUACUUGUCCCACAUAUACCAAGAGCCACCACCUGUACUUGUCCCACAUGGACCAUCUACUUGUCCCACAUGGACCAAGAGCCACCACCUCUUCUUGUCCCACAAGGACCAAGGGUCACCACCAGUACUUGUCCCACAUGGACCAAGAGUCAUCACCUAUACUUGUCUGACAUGGACAAAGAGCCACCACCUCUACUUGCCCACAUGGACCAAGAGCCACCACCUGUAAUUGUCCCGUAUGGACCAAGGGGACCACCUGUACUUGUCCCACAUGGACCAACAGCCACCACCUGUAAUUGUCCUACAUGGACAAAGGGUAACCACCUGUACUUGUCGUACAUGGACCAAAAGCCACCACCUCUUUUUGUCCCACAUGGACCAAGGGUAACCACCUGUACUUGUCCUACAUGGACCAAGAGCCUUCACCUGUACUUGUCCCACAUGGACCUAACGCCACCACCUGUACUUGUCCCACAUGGACCAAAAGCCACCACCUGUACUUGUCCCACAUGGACCAAGAGCCACCACCUUACUUGUCCUACAUGA